ACGCUUCCUAACAGAGGGAAGCUCAGUAGGGGAACAUGUUCACACUUGCCAGAGUAUCUUGUGAGAGAUUGCCCAAGGUCCCUUUUGUUUAAUCCUCUUCUCGAUUUCAUAGCAAGUUUGUGUAUUACUGGGAGUAUGCAAGCACUAGUGGGAUUACAUGCUUGUCAUUCAACAGCAGGUUCUUAGAUGCCGCAGCAGGAGCCGGACUCUGGGACACCUCCAGUCACAUUAUACUGACCAGAAAGCAUCCCCCUCCAGGUAAUGUAUGCAGCAGCGGGUGGGAGGAAUGACUCCUCAAGCCGAGUUGGCAAGGCAAUGCUUGGAGCUGAGUGAGAAUCUGCCUGACAAGUCAUGCCCUGGCGUGAAGGAAUGGAAAUCGCUGCAUUUGGCCGCCUGGAAUGGGAAUACAAAACUUGCAAAGCAAUUGCUGCAACAGGGAGAGGCGAUAGACUCCAGGGAUGGCCUUGGCUGGACUCCUUUACACUGUGCCGCAACAAACGGCCAUUUGUCAACUGUGAAGCUGCUGAUUCAGCGUGGAGCAUUACUCAGUUGUCAGGAUAACUCAGGUUGCACACCUCUCCACCAUGCAGCAUGCAACGGGCAUACUCAUUUAUCUGAACUCCUGCUGCAGCGCGGAGCAAAUCCAAGCGCAACCAAUAAUGGGGGACUUACACCUCUUCAUUUAGCAGCUGCUAACGGACACACACUCGUUACACAAUUACUGCUCAAGCAAAACCUAGACCCUUGUGUUGGUGACAACAACCAAUGGAGCCCCUUACACUGGGCUACAGUGAGCAACCACUUUCAUAUUAUUGAGCUGCUGAAAGAACAUGGUGUCCCACUGGAUCUCGAAGCUUCUGGGAAUUUAGUGCCUUUACAUAUUGCUGCUGAGACGGGUAGAAUGGAAGCGUUGGGCUAUCUGCUGGAUAACACAACUGAUGUGAAUGUGAAGGAUCAGCUGGGAAGUACACCACUUGCAAUAGCAGCUGGCAAUGGUAACUUAGAGGUAGUCAGGCUGCUGUUGGAGAAGAAUGCAGAGAUUGAUGAGCAGGACAAGCAUGGCCGCACAGCUUUGCACAGGGCAGCGGGGGCAGGUCACCUUCACAUAGUUAAAUUGCUUGUUCAAAGUGGAGCUUGUCCAAACCAAAGGGACAGCUUAAAGUUAACUCCAGUUCAGAGAGCAGCAAUGUAUGGACACGGAGGUGUAUCUGCCUAUUUACAAGACACUGGGGGAUUAUAAGAGAAUGGAAAUGUCAUGUGAAAAUACACAAACAGUGUUUAUGUAUGAAAAAGCACCUUUAAUGCUGCACAAGAAAAGCUACUGGCUGGAAAAUGCUUGUUAAAGUAGUUAAAUCAGGUCAUGUCCACCAGCCAUGCACAUUUCAUAUGAUUAUCAGUCAGUUUUUACUUUACAUGGUUUGUAUUCAAAGAGGUAUUUUUGUAACAUGCAGAGUAUUUUGUCUGAAACACCUAUUUUAUGAUUUUUUUGAUAAAGAACAAUUAUGCACAGUUCACAUAUCUGGGAUUGUGAACCAGUAUGGGAUAUAUGUGCAUGUCUAUGUGUCUGAUAGCUCCAAAUUACGGAAAGGCUGUCUCCCAUAGACUCCAUUAAAAUCAAAUAAUCCAAA